UCCCUAUAAAUUCCACGCGCCACUACGCGGCAGCCUCAUCCAUUCCAGCGAAACAUCACGCGGUCAACACAACAAACGCAUCCAGAAUUCCAGAUCCGAGCUCCCAGAGCCUGCACCGUCAGAACUCGCCCAGAACUCCAGAUCGACCUCGCGAUUACGUUUCUUGCCACGCGUGCGCGCACAUCCAUGGCGGUUGCCGCCGGAGGAGGGGUGGUGCUGAGCCUGCGCGGCCCGUCGUCUUCGGCGUGGCCGGCGGUGGGGCGGCGGCGUAGGGCGUCGUCGUCAGCGGCGGUGAGGUGCGGGGCGACGCGGGAAAAGAGGCCGGCGGCGACCCCGGGCGUGGCUCUGGAGGAGGACCACUACCGGACGCUGCGGCUGGCGCCGGGGGCCACCAGGGGCGAGGUCAAGAAGGCCUUCCACCGCCUCGCGCUGCAGUACCACCCGGACGUCGUGCGCCAAGAAAACAGCGACCGCGUGGACUUCCAGCGGAUCAACGCGGCGUACCGGAGGGUGAGGAGCAACAUGCGGGAGGCGGAGGCGAGGCUCGAGUACUGGCGCCGCCGCUACGGCCUCCCCGACGAGGACCUCGACCGCUACCGCCGCUACCUCAACGACGACGGCGAGGACGACUGGUUCCCCGAUCUCUGAAACGGCGCCCUACGCGAUUCUUGUCAUGGCAGAGGCAGUAGCACUGUAAUUAACUAGAUGAUACCUCGCGGGUUGCUACGGGAUCGCUUUGUUGGCUUUAAAAAUAGCAUAGAAACUAAAGAGAUUUUUUACGGUA